AUGAAUUCUCCACAACGUUACACUAACGGGUCUGCCAAACUUCACACCUCCCAUGUCAUCGGGACAUCUCCAUGGCGAUGGGAAGAGGACAACCAGAGGAACUACUAUGCCAUGUUCUACUCGCUGCUCAUCCUGGCCAUCGUGUUUGGGAAUGUGCUUGUGUGCCUGGCCGUGCUGAGGGAGAGGUCGCUGCAGACCACCACCAACUACCUGGUGGUUAGCCUGGCUGUGGCAGAUCUGCUGGUGGCCUCGUUGGUCAUGCCCUGGGCUGUCUACUUGGAGGUGGUUGGAGGCGCCUGGCUCUUCAGUCGACUUUACUGUAACAUUUUCGUCACGCUGGAUGUGAUGAUGUGCACCGCCAGCAUCCUGAACCUGUGUGCAAUCAGCAUAGACAGGUACACAGCUGUGGUCAUGCCAGUCUUGUACAACACCACGCAUCGCUCCAGGAAGAGAGUGUUUGCCAUGAUCGCCACAGUCUGGGUACUGGCAUUUGCCGUGUCCUGUCCUCUGCUGUUUGGCUUCAACACUACAGGUCAGAGCGAUGACCCUUUGGUGUGCUCCAUCUCCAACCCGGACUUUGUCAUCUACUCGUCCGUGGUGUCCUUCUACCUGCCGUUUAUCGUCACCCUGCUGGUGUACAUCCGCAUCUACGUGUUCCUCAGGAUGCGGCGGAAGAGAAUUGCCUUUGGCCAGGCCAGCGGGAAGGUCCAGCCGGGCUCCAUCCCUCCAUCUGUGGAAACCUGUCUACAAGAGGAGACUCCCAAGGCCAAGCAGGACCUGUCACCUAUCAGGAUUAAAGUGCAAAGUGUAGAGCCUCCUCCAAAACCCAGUCUGCUGUCGGGAUGCCUGUGGCGGAAACGUCCUAAAACCGGCCCUGUGGAGAACUCCAUGCUGCCCCCGGUGGACACUCAGAACUACUGCAGCAUCAGCCAUGCGUCGUGUGGGCGCACAGAGCUGGAUCUGGAGCAGGAGCGAGAGGACGAGGGGGUGGAGGUGGACGACAGCAGCCCCAACGACGGGCCUCCGAUCCGCUUGAGCUGUGAGGUGAAGGACCUGUCCAACGGGCGCACUCACACCGCCCUGAGAACCACGGCCCACUUCAACAGCCAGCGCUUUCGGACCAUGCACGCUAGGGAGAAGAAGGCCACACAGAUGCUGGCCAUAGUCCUGGGGGUGUUCCUAAUCUGCUGGCUGCCGUUCUUUGUGACGCACAUCUUGAACACUCAUUGCCCGACUUGCUGGGUCCCACCCUCGCUCUACAGCGCCUUCACCUGGCUGGGCUACGUCAACAGUGCCCUUAAUCCUGUCAUCUACACCACCUUCAACAUCGAGUUCAGACGGGCCUUCAUCAAGAUCCUGAGCUGCUGA